AUGGAGUGGACACAAUCUUCACAAAGGAAUAGCACUUUGUCGACGGACAAUUCGAUGAUAGCAGAUCCUGGUAUUUAUUUUGAACCAUCACCAAAUUCCGUGUUUGUCAAAGACCCUGCAUUCUUCAUGACUCUUGCAGUUCUUGGUUUUCUACUCGCUGCAGUUACUACUGUUGAAAAUGCUGCAUUGCUGUUGACAAUUUUCAGAGACACUCGCCGCCUACUACAAACUCCCCCAUCAUUGCUGAUCACUAGUUUAUGCGUGUCUGAUUUAAUGGUGGGAUCAAUAGCUGGGAAUCUCGUAGCAUUGAAGGAUGUGUAUCGUUACCAGGAUCGCCCAGUUCCUGAUAAACUUGAUCUUGUUGUUCGUUUGGUUCUUGCUCUAACAUUGCUUGUAAGCAGUGGGACAAUCAUCGCUUUAUCAUACGAUCGAUACGUUGUGGUGAUGCAUCCCUUAAAAUACAAAUCUACCGUAACAAUGGGAAGAGUCAAGCUGUUCAUCCUCGUAAUGUGGACAGUUUCUUUGGUCCUUUGUUUUAUCACAAUAACAAAAAUCCCCCCAAAAAUGUUAGAGCUUGUUUACGCACACUCCCACGCUUCACUUCCUAUUAUAAUGGUAACAGUUAUGUACAUCAAAGUGUUCCGGGCUUUAGGCAAACGAAAACGAGAAUUAAUAGACGCUGGAAUCACAAAGGAGAUGAGAAGCAAAGUAGUUUUGGAUCGAGAAAGACGGAUGGUACUGACAAUCUUGAUAAUACUUGCACUAUUUUACAUGACAUUUUUACCUGAGUUUAUUGGGUUACAUGUGCUACAUUUGUGCCCAUCUUGUGCACGAUCUCUGACAUUCAGAAAGCUGGAGAUAAUAUUUUCUAGGUUUCUUUUCCUAAAUUCCGCGAUGAAUCCUUUUGUGUAUGCUUGGAGAUUGCCUAAGUAUCGUAAAGCAGUGCUGUCCUGCUUUGCUUGCCCGAAAUUCCGUGACAGCAAACGCUUCCCAGUGCCAGCACCGACACGACGUUAA